AUUCUAUAGCCUGUCUGUGCUCUCCCUCUAUGUCUCCAUUGCUAUAACCAUUGGUUUUACUGUUUUUCACAACACAUACAAUACUUUUCGUCAUAUCUCAGUCAUAGAUAGUGUGGGUGAGCGACAAGACCUCAUCGGACGGCCAUUUUUUGGUCUGUUAUCUCAACACAUUUCACUCAACGCGAGAACUCAUUGAUUGUAAUCCACGGAUCAGCUACUAUGUCACCACCGAUGUGGCCCAUGAACGCCGUUAUCGUCAUCAUUCUUAUCGCUUUUCACUCGUCCUCUUCAGUCGACGCUUAUGUUGAGGCAUUGGCGGCGAACAUAGACACAGGACUGAGUCAUUUCCAGCCUAUGGUGGCUAUACUUUGCGGACACGGCAAGUAUCACAACCAAUAUCUCGAUGAAAACAAGCGAUGGAUUUCAGAUCCCGACCCCAAAGCCGUUUGCACUAAAGACAAACUCGAGAUUCUCGAAUACUGUCGAAAGGUAUGCCGGAAGAUCAUUAGUCUAAUUGGUGUAUCAAUUGUUUACCCGAAAGAAGAUGUCAGAAAUAUUGUCGAAUCCAACAAAUACUACAAAAUUAACAAUUGGUGUAAAUUAGGCCAAAAGAAGUGCAGAGCCAAGCACUGGAUUAAGCCCUACCGGUGCUUAGAGGGGCCCUUCCAGAGCGACGCCCUACUAGUGCCCGAACAUUGUCUCUUCGAUCACAUCCAUAACCAGAGCGUCUGUCAGAGCUCUGACUACUGGAACAGGACUGCGACCACCAGUUGUGACAAACGGACGAUGAAAUUGCAGAGCUUUGCAAUGCUGUUGCCGUGUGGGGUCGGCAUCUUCUCCGGUGUCGAGUUUGUCUGCUGUCCUAACCCUCAGACAAACGCAGACAACACUCGCAGAAUGCACACAAACAGCGGCACAGAUGUUAAGGACAACAUAAUCGAUGACAACAAACACAAAAUUAAUGAUAACAUCGACUCUGAGGGCGACGACAGCGACGAAGACGAUGAUGACUAUUACGACGACGACUACGAUGAAGAUGACGACCUCAAGAGCAGCUCGACCACCACCACGACUACCACCACCACCACAACCACUGAACGACCCGUUGAUUUCUAUUUAAGUCAUUUUGAUUCCCAGAAAGAACACGAUUCGUUCAAAUCAGCCCAGAAGUCACUGGAGGACAACCAUCGCCAGAAAGUCACUAAAGUUAUGAAAGAGUGGAGUGAACUCGAGGAACACUAUCAGGAAAUGCGGAUCAAAGACCCGAAGGGCGCCGAAGACUUUAAGAAGAAAAUGACGGGACGUUUCCAGAAGACUGUGGAGGCUCUGGAAGAGGAGGGUUCGGCUGAGAAGAGACAAUUGAUUUCAAUGCAUCAGCAAAGAGUGAUGACUAUAAUUAAUUUGCGCAAAAAGUCUGCAAUGGAUUGCUUUACACAGAGCUUAGAUCAAAGCCCUCCCAAAACCAAACGCAUUGAGAAGUGUUUGGAAAAGCUAUUGCGGGCUCUGGAGAAGGAUAGGACUCACACUCUCCACCACUUCAGACAUCUUCUCAACUCAUACACCAAACAAGCGCUUAAAGACAAGGACGCAAUGUUGGACCACUUGGACGACUUGAUCCGAAUGGCCAACCAAUCCAUUCAAAUGCUCGAUAGGGUUCCCAAUAUCGCCGACAAAAUCAAGCGCCGAAUGGUUGCCUUUUGGCAUAAUCUCAGAGGAAUUCCUUUCGAUGAGAAGAUAUCAAAAGAGUCUGAAUUGGCGAUUAUGGACAGGUAUGAGGAAGAGGUGGCUCAGAAGCAACAGGAAAGGGAGCGCCAGAAGAUGGUGGAGGAGCAGAGGAAACAGGAACUGAAAGAACUUCAGGACGAGAAGAGACGGGUGGAGGCGAACCAGAAGAGCGGCAAAUUGGAGCAGGAGUUCGAUCCCGAGUCCAUGGAGGACGAGCGCACCAGCAAUGAGGACGACCAGAGGGCCAGUAGCGCAGUGUUGGCGCCCACACCCACUCCCGUGAGCUCAACGCCUAUGCGUUCGGCGGGUGUUAUACCUCAUGAGGACGAGGAGACCAAUGAAGUGCACGAUAUGGUGCCCACACCUAAGCAGUCGUAUAUACAAAGUCAGGCAUUCCAUCACAACGAGGCUUCCUAUUCCAUACGCCGUGAGCCCUACCACCAGAGACUCCGAUGGAACGGAAGUGUUUACAUAACCCUCGCCUUCGCGGGCAUCGCAUUACUGACGGCAACCAUCGUUGGCAUAGUUUUGCUGAAAAAACAUACCCAACGAUCGCCACACAGUCAGGGCUUCGUCGAAGUGGAUCAGGCGGUGACCCCUGAGGAACGGCAUGUGGCAAACAUGCAGAUCAAUGGAUAUGAGAACCCCACGUAUAAGUACUUCGAAGCCUCACAAACACAGGCUUAGAGUUGACACCAAACUAUAAGUGAUAUUAUGUUUAGAUAUUUUGAAAAAAUUAAUUUUAAUGAAAAAACUAAGAAUAAUAUUAACAAUACUAAUGACACUCUGAUUGCAAACAUUGCUUAUAUAAACCGUUAGUCAAAUGCAAUAACUAAUUAGUAGUUUCGGAAUAUUACACAACCGUUUACUAUAGAAAACCUGCAAAUCCUUUUGUUUUAGAUUUUUAAUUUUCAUAUUUAAUGCCAUGACUUGACUUGACUUUUGAAACUAUUUAUAAUUUCUGAAAAUAAUGAGAGAAUAAUCAUAAUUGAAGCAAUUAUUUAGUCUAAAACAUAAGCCAAACACACUUUACAGAUAAUACUAAUAUCGCGAGAGAAGUUGUUUUGUCGGCUAAUAAUAAUAUAACAUAUUUUAUACGUUAAAAAAUUGGAUCGAUUUUUAUGAGACAAACACAAGGUUUCCGACAAAACUUCUCUCAUAUAUUAUUAUUAUCGUUGAAUGGAUUAUUACUCUUAAAUGAAUGCUUAUGCCAUACCAUACCAUAAGAUAUUAUACACUACUAAUAUACCUGUAAUAAUAAUGAUAAACUUAAUUUACCUCUCAGUCAAGUUCUUAAAUGAACAGCAAUGAGCAGCUUAAGCAGCAAGCACAUUCAGUAUAAGUCCUAUCAAAUGCCAUUUUUGUCAUUAUAUUUACAAACUAUUCUCUACUUAUUUAACAUAUUUCUAAUUUUACACGAUUAUUAUCAAAUGUUUUACAUUUAUUUUUUGUUGUUAUUUUGAUUUUAUUCUUUUAUUAUUAUAUUUUUACCGCUUUUUAAUAUAUAAUACUUUGAUGUAAAAUAUUUUAUCUAAUUUCUUUUCCCCUAUUAUGUGAACAUUUAUUAUAAUUUUUGUUUGUUUUAGUAUACAAUAGAUAUGAUCUUAAAGUAUACGCUAUUCUUAUGCCUUCUCUC